GAAAAAAAAAAACGAAUAUGAUGGAGUAGUGGUCUCCAAUCCGGCCCGCUGUGGGUGCAGGGUUUCAUUCCAACCAGACAAAUGACAACACUUUUUCACCAAUCUGGUGUUUUACAAGUGCAAUCAGUUGAUUGCAGUCAGGUGCUGCUUGUUUUAGCAGAAACCCCAUUGGUUCAACUACAGUAUCUGUGCAGGAUCAGCAGGAAAAAAAAAACAGCCUACCUUUGAGGACCGGGUUGGAGACCACUGCUAUAGAUAGUAGUUUUUCCUUUUUCAUGACAUGCAAAGCUACCAUCAAUAACGCGAAGCCCGCAUUCCUAGACGCCAGAUUGCCAGUUGACUGGGAGUCGGCGAAUGCACGACAUUGUUCAUGACUUCAUAUACUGAACGUGUUCCAGGAUGAUGACCAAUUCGCCGUCAGACAAGAUGAAGAAAAAAUGGUCCAAGGACAGCCUGACGCUGUUGCCGUGCUUCUACUUUGUGGAGCUCCCCAUCGUGGCGUCGUCCGUGGUAUCGCUGUACUUCCUGGAGUCGACGGACGUGCUGGGGCCUCCGCGGGUGGGCUUCCGCUGCCACGAUCGCCAUCUCAGCAAACCCUACGUGGACGGAGGGGACGAAAUCAUUCCGCUGCUCAUGCUGCUCAGCCUGGCCUUCGCCGGCCCGGCCGCCUCGAUCAUGCUGGUGGAGGCCUUCCUUUACAUGGCGCAGUCCCGUAGCCAAACGCGGCGAGCGGAAGGCGGCGUCAAUGCGGGCGGCUGCAAUUUCAACUCCUUCUUGAGGAGGACCGUCCGCUUUGUGGGAGUGCACGUGUUCGGUCUUUGUGCAACGGCAUUGGUCACCGACAUCAUCCAGUUGUCGACGGGUUACCACGCCCCCUUCUUCCUCACUGUAUGUAAGCCCAACUACAGCCAGGUCUCUUGCGACACCGACACAUACGUCACUAGAGACAUCUGCUCCGGACCCGACCGGCAUGCCAUCGCGGCCGCCAGGAAAACCUUCCCAUCUCAGCACGCGACUCUGUCUGCUUUUGCCGCAGUUUACGUUUCUAUGUAUUUCAACUCCACCGUCUCGGACGGCAGCAAGCUCCUCAAGCCCGUUUUAGUCUUCUUGUUCGUCAUGGCGGCCGCGCUGAGCGGCUUGACUCAGAUCACGCAGCACCGCAGCCACCCCGUCGACAUCUACGUGGGUUUUCUGAUAGGAGCCUUCAUCGCCGCUUACCUGGCUUUGAACGCCGUGGCCAACUUCGAGUCCUCCGACGCAGCUCCGGCCCCGCCUCCGCCGCCCGCGCCGGAGGACCCUUUGCGGGCGCUGACGGAGCGAGGGCACGAGUCGGUCUACGACAAGGGCCCCGCUUCGGCCUCCGAGAGCAACGACGAGAUCGCGGCGACCCCGGACGGCGCGGGUAGCCUGAAGAGAGCCGGCGUAGACGUGGAGCUGAUGGCUCCGCGGAGUCCCAUGGCAAAGGAGACCAUGCUGACCUUCGGCAACACUUUGCCGCGAUCCGGCGUCGCGGCCGCUCCGGUCGGGCCCGUCGCCCCGACAGAGCCGUUCCGGCGCGUUCCGAAGGCGGACCCGGCCGCGUCGCGCCGUCUGCCGUCGGAGUGGAUGCGGAAGGCCCGGCGGGAGAGCGACGAGUCGGCUUCCGAUCGCGAACCGACUCCUCCUCCUCCUCCGGCUGCGCCCAGACCGCCUCAGGUUCCCCAAGCGGGACCUCCCCCCGUCUCGCCCAAGACCUCCUCGGCCCGUGCCAAAUGGUCGGCCAUCCGGGAGAAGGCCCUUGCCGAAGCCGUGGCCGGCCGGCCGCGACCACUCCGGGCGUCCGAGGGGCCGGCCGAGAACUCCUCAGAAAGCGCCGGGGUCCGCCCGAGCUGCCGACAGGCCGCCGAGAAGCGACGCGAAGCCGUCGUCGCGGCGGACGCCUUUUGCCGGGCCCCACCGAAUACCCGGGAGCGGGCCGACGAGCGUGACGCGUACGACCCCGACGGCCUCCGGCGAGGAGACUGCUUCCGGCCAACGGAACUGGAGGUGUUGACGCAGGCCCAGCGUGAGGAGAUGGCCGCCAGACGCAAGACGGCGCUGGUUCUUCUGGAGCGAGAUGCGCAUCUGACAAUAGGAGAGAACCACCUCAGGAGUUUUCAAGGUCGCAGAAUAAAGGAUUAGCGCAGGGGCGGGCCUCCGUCUCGUUAUCGCCGUGCAUCCAAUUUUUCUUCUUUGUUAGAGCGGUGAGAAUCUGGCUCCGAUUAACCGUCUGAACCGAAGACAUACAUCUGCCGCCGCGUCGAGCUCUGAAUCGCACGGAAGCGGAAAAGUCUUAACGCUUACCAUUUCAAAAGGGACAUUUUCUUUUCUUUCCUAAAUCUGGAAAUGAGCCACAUUUCGCUCACGGUUUUGCCAAGUGAGCUUGCGGCGCAAACGUCGAAUGUAACGCAGCGGCCUCUAUGUGUAAGUGUCUUUUCUCUCAAUUGUGUUGCCGUCGCUCGGUUACCGUGGUGAUGCGAAGCAUGCACGCUCGUCCCGUCGGUGGAGGUGAAUUGAUGUUUGUGUGGAAAAAAAAGCUCAUUAUUGUCACGACAUCGUCGUAAACUAAAUCAAUGUCAGAAAGGGGAGGAGCUCGGACAAUACAAGAGUCGGUACAUCCGAAAGAAAUAUUUCAAAGUUGAAAAUUUGGCUCGUCGUUAAGUGUCACUUGGUGGCCAACGACCAGAGGUGGGUAGAUACUCUGUACUCCGUUACAUUUACUUGAGUAACUUUUGGAGAAAAACUUCUAAGAGUACUUUUACCACGCCAUAGUUUUGACUUUUACUUGAUUAGAUUUGAGAAGAACAAACGCUACUUUUAUUCCGCUACUUUAAGUCGUUCCAUUUUUGCAACAAUGAUGACAUGACUCCGUGAUACCGAUCAGAUGACACAAUACAGUCACGUGACCGCACACAGGCCAGCAAGUCCUAUGUUGAGUCGUCGCCCUGUUCAAUCACGUGGCGUCUGUAAAGCGCUUUAAAAAUGGAACUAUUUGACAUUGAGUCAACAUGACUGGAAAGCGCAGAUUUCAAAACAAGUUUUUAUUUGGCACCGAUCGACCACGGAAAACCGGAUCCUUUUCAUUUUGUGGUAGGAUUUUUUUUUUUAAUCCGCUAGAGGGCACUCGUGCUCUUUGGAUGAGUCAGGUGAUGUUGGAGGUGAAGAUUCUAUAGUAUUGUAUAUUUUGUGGGUUUUUUUUUCAUCUAAUAUAGUUGUGUCAAAGGUUAUAGUCAGGAGAGCACAUAGUUGCUGGUCUUUACCGUCUUUGUGACGGUAGAGGGGCUGCUCUGCAAAGAAAGAAACUAGUGUGCCAGAACUCAAGUCUCCACACUCAAGUGGCUUCAAUAGAAAAAAAACACCAGAAAUAGAAGUUGGACUUUUCGCUAGUCAAGUGUCGUUGGGACGGCUAUGAAAGUCUCCGUUGUUCAACUCAGAACAACGGAAUGAAAAUUAAGAAGCCAAUUCUGACCAAAAGUUGAAUGUGUUGUAGCCCAUACUUAGCCAAUGGGAUGUAUACAUUUAAUCACUUAUUAUGGGGGAAGCUCAGCAUUCCUUGCAAUUGCCACUGUCGGUACCUCGUAGCAAACCAAAGCCAAGAAACCCUUCCCGAUUGGGGAAGAACUUAUUAUGCAGGCGACCGAGGAUAUUUACCAUUAAGUUUUAGAAGAGGCUGCUGUUAAAAAAGGUUGAUUCAGUGUAUGGUGAGUUACAUUUCCCCAUGCACUUAAUGUUGGUUUUUAGCCCCGUGGUGUUUUUUUAUAAUUACAGUGGUACCUCGACACACGAUCUUUUCGACAUCCGACGAAAAAUUGUAUUCGCUAUUUGUUUGUACAUCCGACGACAUGACCGCGCCACAGACGGACGCAUGCCGAAUUUUCUUGAGGGAAAAAUCAGUACAGGUUCCAAGAAGGUUAGUAGAGGUGGGGAAGGGAAAAAGGUGACGCUUACUCGUAGAGGUGUGCGAAAUUUCCGAUUCUUAGAUUAUUCGCAAUUCGACCGUGGAAGAUUCGAAAACGAUUCACAAACAUCCAAAUUCCAAUGAUUGAAUGAUACCAGGUAAAGGUGAAAUAAAACACAGUCAGCGCGGUCUUCGGGACGCAAUGAGGAACGGAUCGAGAGUAAAUAUCAUGUUCAACUCAUGCCGCUAAAUAAAAAAAGCAAUAGUACCUGACUGCGGCCGACAGCCGCUACAAACAGCCCCCAGUUGCUAGUUGCUACAAACAUACGGUUAUGGUAGAUAUCACACAUAUGUAGAACUAGAUGCGAAAUAACAGCCGACAGCAGUGUUUGAACAUGUACAGAGAACUAGAUGCGAAAUGACAGGCUUGCCGGCGCUAGUAAGCAGCCGCCAUUUUAAAGCAGUAGACUUCUCUAGAAGGCUCUGUUGUAGCAAACCUAAUUACUUUUUAUCUAAAAUACCCCUAAGUCGGCAAAAUCUUGACUUGAAUCUAUCUUUCAAACUGUUUCAAAACUUUCACAUGUUGAAAGUAGACAGAAGGGAAAUAAUUGAAUAACGGGAGCAAUUUGAACAACUUCAACGGUUGAUUCACAACAUUAAAUGAAUUGAAUGUAGUUUAAAGCUGCUGAUACAGAAUGGAGACUUGAGUAGUUUAUUUACUGUUUUGAACUGUUAACUUGAUACUGAAAUAGUAGUUUGGUUUAGCCUGAGAGGAUUUUUGAACAAUUUUGGAACUAAUGUACAAAACAUUAAAAGCUUAGGGUGUAUGGGGGGUUGUGCAUCAAUAAUCGAUUUAUAAUCGAAUCAGAGCCUCUGAAUCGUAAUCGAAUCAUUAUGUGCCCAAAGAUUCCCACCUUUAAUUACCCGGAGGGUUCUCCCAGCGACGAAACCCCGAGCCGCAAUGACGGUGAGGGCUGGCUCUCAGCAGCCAGCCGCGGAGGGGAGCCAGCCCGAAAGCCGCUUGGAAAGAAACCCCACUCCGCCCUGAUCGGCGGCCGCACCGGGGGCCCCGUGAACCGCGGCGCUUGCGUACGAUUUAUUUCAGAACUUGUGCUAAACAACACGCCUACUGUCCGCUCCAGUUGACGGUAACAACAAAACGUUAAAAGAGGAUGUCAAAUAGAACCGCGCUGUCUAUCUCACUGUCACGUCAGCCACACGGUGCGUUCAGGUACAGCAUAAAAUGUCCGCCACAUUAGAACCCAUUUAGUUCCAUUAUUACAGGAAUUAUUAUUAUUAUUGUUUUAUUAUUCCAGUUUUUAUUAAUGAUUUAUUGUUUCGCUAUGUGUAAUUGCCAUUUGUAACAUCGCGUGGACAUUGGGCACAGUGCCUCUGGAUUGGCAGACCUGGGUGGUGGUCCCCCUUUUUAAGAAGGGGGACCGGAGGAUGAGGGUGUGUUCCAAUUAUAGUGGGAUCACACUCCUCAGCCUCCCCGGUAAAGUCUAUUCGGGUGUGCUGGAGAGGAGGGUCCGUCGGGAAGUAGAAACUCAGAUUCAGGAGCAGCAGUGUGGUAUUCGUCCCGGCCGUGGAACAGUGGACCGGCUCUACACCCUCGGCGGGGUCCUCGCGGGUGCAAGGGAGUUUGCCCAACCGGUCGACAUGUGUUUUGUGGAUCUGGAGAAGGCGUUCGACCGUGUGCCUUGGAGAGUCCUGUAGGGGUUGCCCUGGGAGUAUGGGGUACCGAGCCCCUUGGUAAGGUCUGUUCGGUCCUUGUACGACCGGUGUCAGAGUUUAUUCCGCGUUGCCGGCAGUAAGUCGAAUUUGUUCCCAGUGUGGGUUGGACUCCGCCAAGGCUGCCCUUUCUCAUCGAUUCUGUUCAUAGUUUUUAUGGACGGAAUUUCUAGGCGCAGCCAGAGCAUUGAUGGGGUCCGGUUUGGUGACCUCAGCAUUGCAUCUCUGCUUUUUGCAGAUGAUGUGGUGCUGUUGGCUUCAUCAAGCCGUGACUUCCAACUCUCACUGGAGCGGCUCCAAAUCCGAGACCUUGGUCCUCAGUCGGAAAAGGGUGGAUUGCCCUCUCCGGAUCGGGGAUGAGAUCCUGCCCCAAGUGGAGGAGUUCAAGUAUCUUGGGCUCUUGUUCACGGGUGAGGGUAGGAGGGAGCGGGAGAUCGACAGGCGGAUCGGUGCAGCAUCUGCAGUAAUGCGGACUCUGCACCGGUCCGUGGUGGUGAAGAAGGAUUAGUCGAUUUACCAGUCGAUCUACCUUACUACCCUCACCAAUGGUCACUGUGGGUCGUGACCGAAAGAACAAGAUCACGGAUAGGAGCGGCCGAAAUGAGUAUCCUCCGCAGGGUAUCCGGGCUCUCGCUUAGAGAUAGGGUGAGAGGCUCGGUCAUCCGGGAGGGACUCUGCAUUGAGCCGCUACUCUUCCGCGUUGAGAAGAGCCGGCUGAGGUGGCUCGGGCAUUUGGUUCGGAUGCCUCCUGGACACCUCCCCGGAGAGGUGUUCUGGGCCAACCCAGGACACGCUGGAGAAGCUGGUUGAAGUGGCUAGGGAGAGGGAAGUCUGGGCUUCCCUGUUAAAGCUGCUGCCCCUGUGACCUGACCCUGGAGCAAGCGGAAGACGAUAGUAUAGACAGUAUUCAUGAAGAAUUUAGUGUAGGUUUUUGGGCUGUGGAACGAAUGAAUGGAAUUAUAAUGUAUUCUUAUGGGAAAAUCCUGCUCGACAUACGACCACUUCGACUUAAAAACAAGGCCCUGGAACCAAUUCACUUUGUAUGUAGAGGUACCACUGUACUGUCAUUUUCUGCCGGUCUGUGAAAACACAAGGCUCACAUAACACCGGUCCGCGGUGGAUAAAUGGUUGGCGACUUGGUGCUCGUGUGAGUAACCUAUGAAAAAAAAUGAUGUGCACCCCUGCUUAUAGAGCUGUAUAGUAAUAACAGUUGAUGCAGAAAGAAGAAAAUCCCAAAAUAUCAGACAUUGUAAGCAGUUACUCCCAAGGUGACUCAUGAUUUAAGUAUUGUUUUCACCUACUUUGAGUUGAGUUACAUUCCUUUGAAGUAACACUACUCUUGCUUACUUUAGUCACACUUUUAGCGACUCUACCCACCUCUGCCUUUGUGAAUUGGUAUUUCUUGGUCUUCGGCUCAUCCGCGUUUAGCGACGGCUUUCGAAUGACACGAGAAGAAGACAAACUUUUGACAACGUGGCGCUAAGGUCGGCUGGAACCCUUUGGAUUGUUCGGGACCUGUCGCCGUCGUAUAGACAAACCAUAGAAGCGCUUUUUUAAAAAGUCUGCGUCCGUGAAAGAUGAGUCGAGGUCGAAAGACCGGGUGUCUGCAGAAUAGAAUAAUGCAGAAGAGAGCGCUAAGGGUUAGUUAAGACUGCGCGUAAGUGAAAUCUGCCGCCCGAGGAAUCUCCGGCUCGGCCUUCCCGCCACGGAGUUUUUCGAGACUCGGCCCUACGGAGAAAGAUCUCUUGGUCGGGUUCCGGCGUAGCGGUCCGUGUUGCGGAGUUGCCGCGAAUCCGUAAUCUGUUUGCACGCCAAAAAUGAUGUCGAGAAUGAGCCCUGAGCCCGACUCUGUCUGUUCGCCGUCAUGAACCAUCGGGCCCCUUUCCGGCCAAAAAUGCCAGAACGCCGGACGACGGGUCCACAGUGCCUGACGAGCGAGCGCUUGUUAACCGCGUCCGGGAUGAACCGAACGCGCGCCGAAGAACGUGGGUUUAAUGGGCGGCGCGAGGAUUCCGAGCCGUACCGUCAAAAGUGUCAGUCGGGCACGCGGUGCCAAAAACUUUCAAUGUGAUAUACUUGAUUGAAUGUAAGCAAAGGCUGCAUGCGUGACAAAUAAAAUGAUUUGAAAGCAUUUUUGUCUUUGGAAAUCCAUGCAAAUAUCAAGAAGGGGACAAAUAUCAUUCAACUUUGAGAAAUGGACAAGCUUGACGGAGGAGGUAGAAGAUGCUGGCUUUGCAAUUUGUUGCCAUAGAAACAGCAGACGGGAACAGAUGCGCUUUUCCCACGGAAGCGGUCUCACGGCUCCGGCCGGUUGGCAAAGAUCCCGGCCUCCCAGCGCAGAGCGCGUUGGUUUUUACGUCGAACCACUCGAGUGGAUUCCACCACCUGCCAGAUAGGAAAGAGGGUCCAAUAAAAAUGACAACCUCUGCUUCUGUUUCCCUGAUACCACUCAAUCUUUAUCUUGAUUCUAAAUUGAGAAUAGGAGACACAUUGUUUACACUGACACUUUUAUUGGACCCGACCGGAAUAAAAAUGCUUGACAUCAAACUCAUUUUGGUUGCAAUUACCGUAUUGGCCCGAAUAUAAGACAGCCCUGAUUAUAAGACGACCCCCUCUUUUUUAAGACUCAAGUUUGAAAAAAAGACUUUUUGAACACCAAAUGAAUUUUUAUACAGAAAAUAAUGACAGUACAUCUGAAACAAAUGAUGAUAACAAUAUAUUUGAGAGAAAAAGCAUGUUAUUUUGCCUCAUUGAAAUCUUAAUAUCUGAACAUUUAAAUAUAUCAACUAAAGUGAACUCUGAAUAAUGAAAAACAUUGCAGGAAAAGAAUACAAACUGGUUCAAUUUGAGAGUAGCUGAGAUCUAUCAUGACAGAACAUGACUUCAAUGAUAUCUGGCGCCAUCUAGCGUCGUGAAUGGAGAGAGUAGCUGAGAUCUGUCAUGACAGAACAGCGCUUCAAUGAUAUUUGGCGCCAUCUAGCGUCGUGAAUGGGUAUAAUGUCUAGACCGCAAAUAUAAGACAACCCCCUCUUUUUCAGCCUUAUUUCAAUGCAAAAAAACACCGUCUUAUAUUCGGCCAAUAUGGUUCAUCUCAUGUGGGCCGUUUUUAGUCAGAUAAGUUCAGUUUGGACAUCUAGCAAUGUCAAUGGCACUGAAAUAUGAGCUAGCAUUUCCAGUUUAAGCGAACUGGAUGUCUAUUGUUGCCAAUGGAAGCCCAAGUGUUGAUUUUGAGUCACUUGCUUGUCAUUUUAGGUCAUUUUCUGUACAUUUUGGGGGAUUCUGGGGUUACUUCACUUUAAAUCACUCCCUGUUGAUUUCAAGGCAUUUCAGGGCCACUUCAUAUUCAUCGGUCACUUCCUGUUGAUUUUGGGGCAUGUCCAAGUGAAUUCCUAAUGAUUUUGGGUCACUUCCAGAUGACUUCCUGUUGAUUUUGGGUCACUUCAUUUAUAUUUUGGAUCAUUUCUUGUUGAUUUUUGUUCAUUUCAGGGCCACUUCAUGCUCAUUGGUCAGUUCCUGUUGAUUUCGGGGCAUUUCCAAGUUACUUCCUAUUGAUUUUGGGUCACUUCCAUGUCAUUUUUAGGUACUUACGGGUCACUUCCUGUCCAUUUUGGGGUAUUUCAGUGUCCCUUCCUGUAUGUUUGGGAUUGUUUCCUUUUGAUUUUGGGGCAUUUCCAGAUGACUUCCUGUUGAUAUGGGGUUACUUUCUGUACAUUUUGGAUCAUUUCUGGUUGAUUUUAGGGCAUUUCAGGAUCACUUCAUGUUCAUUGGUCACUUUAUGUUGAUUUUGGGACAUUUCCAAGUUACUUCCCAUUGAUUUUGGAUCACUUCCAGAUGACUUCCUGUUGAUUUUGGGUCACUUUUUGUACAUUUUCGAUCAUUUUCUUAUGGGUUCUGGGCAUUUUUGGGCCACCACAUGGUGAUUGGUCACUUCUUGUAGAUUUUGUGGCAUUUACGAGUUACUUCCUGUUCAUUUUGGGUCACUUCCAUGUCAUUUUGGGGUACUUACGGGUCACUUCCUAUACAUUUUGGGGUAUCUCAGUGUCCCUUCCUGUACAUUUUGAAUCAUUUCCUGUAGAUUUUGGGGUAUAUCCAAGUUACUUCCUGUUGAUUUUGGGUCACUUCCAUGUGAUUUUUGGGUACUUACGGUCACUUCUUGUACAUUUUGGGGUAUCUCAGUGUCCCUUCCUGCACGUUUUGGACCAAUACCUUUUGAAUUUAGGGCAUUUCAGGGCCACUUCCUGUUCAUUAGUCACUUCCUGUUGAUUUUGGGGCAUUUCCAAGUUACUUCCAAUUGAUUUUGGGUCACUUCAUUGUAGUUUUAGGGUACUUAUGAGUCACUUUCUGUACAUUUUGGGCUAUCUCAGUGUCCAUUCCUGUAC